CGUUCUCUUCUUCUUCUUCUUCUUUGUUGGUUAUAACCAUUGGUUUUGUCUGUCCAAACUCAUCUUUUUCACCAUUCAUUCUACUUGCUACUAGUAUCCAUCACCACCUGUUUCAUUAGUAAUGCCUCGGGCUGUGGUCAAGCGGUUGUCAAAUUUGUUACAUCCUUCACAGGACCAGUUUUCAGGCUCAAAGUUCAUGAAUGACAUUGUACAAGGAAAAACAUGCGUCCCCAUAUCGUUACAUGAAUUCCGUUUAUUUUUGAAACAUCAUGAACACUCUCUCGAAAACCUCGAUUUCUUUUUAUGGUACCAAGAUUAUAAGCGCCGAUGGGACCAACUACCUCUCCCAGCGAAACUCCAGUCCCCUCCUCCUCAAGAAAAGCCAAGUUAUGUUGGUUAUGUUCUGUCCGGCACAGGCAAACGACAACAGCAACGAUCGGCGAUGGAGUCAGGCGACUCGGGUUUGAUUGGAACCACCGCUUAUCCUAACGAGACGAUGGACUAUGCAGCCAUGAACGCAAAACACUCCAGCACUGGUAGCUAUAAGCAAGAUAGUUCAUCCAUCAUGACGGCCUCCACCUAUGCCAACGGAUAUGAAUUAUCCUCUGUUGUAUCGCCCGAAUCUUAUUAUCAAGGCACCUUUCCAGACCAGCAACCCUUCCGAGAUGAAGUUGAACUAGUCCUAAAAACAUUUUUCACAUCCUCGUCUGAUAAGGAACUCAACAUUGAUGGAUAUUUACGACAAUAUGUAUUGCACAACAGCAAGUAUACCACCCACCCUGAUAUAUUUGAGCCCGUGCGGGACAAGGUAUAUGAAACCAUCGAGCGGUCAUCACUACGAAAUUUCGUCAAUUAUGCACUUCAAAAUAUCAACCACGGUGGUGUCAUUGUUCGAUAUCUCCUAGCUGCAACCUGCGCCGUGUUGAUUGCCAUCGUCCUUAUCAUCACCUUCGUAUUAAAAGUUCCGCGUUGGUAUCGCAUAUUUAUUUUCCCUCUUUUGAUUGGUAUGGUGAUAUGCAGCAUAUCAGCCAAUCAAGGCGUAUGCUUUCAACGAGCCAUGGGCCAUCGCCGAGAUCCUCAUGCCUAUGAGCUGGUCAGCAACGACCAAGUGGACGACCCAUUCUCUCAAGAGUUCAAAUUCAGUGAUGUCGAGAGUCAGUCUGAAGACUUUAAAGCGGUAAAAGACCCCUUAGUUCGACGCUACAAUAUGAAACUCUUGUUUUCGUCAUCUUUUGCUGCCACCAUAUUUGCUCUUUGUCUCACUGCCGCCAUUGUCGCUAUUCCCUAGUUUUGACAACUAUGGAUAGUACUGCUUGCUGUAUAUAAGUUAUAUAUAUUGUUUUUGUCACCUAAUAGAUAUGCUGUAGCGAAAUUACAAAAUGAAAAUUGAAUGUCCAUAGGGCUUUACCUAGGCACUUUUAUCAUAGGCACUGUUG